GCUCACAUGUAAUGGUAUUGUCUUCUGGUAAUGAAACCCUUUCGAUCUAGCUAAUGUUAACUGACUGAAGUUCAGUACUGGAGUAGAAGUUGGCUGAAGUUACUAGGUAUUAGAAUGUCUCAACCACAACCUCAGCUUCAUAAAGGAAUAGUUAAGCAGGUCUUGUCUGGAGACUGUGUUAUUGUCAGAGGUCAGCCAAAAGGAGGCCCACCACCAGAGCAACAAAUAGCUUUUUCUAAUGUUGUUGCCCCCAAAGUUGGAAGGAGAGCAAACCCAAACAUCGAGGGUAGCCUUGAAACAAAGGAUGAGCCUUAUGCUUGGGAAAGCAGAGAAUACCUCAGGAGCAUGUUAAUUGGCAAGGAAGUAUCUUUCACCAUUGAGUACAAACCACCUGGCAGUGGCCGAGUGUAUGGUUCUGUAUUUACUAAGAAAUCUGAUGGUGAGCUGGUCAACUUAACAGAAUCCCUUGUCAGCGAGGGUCUUCUGGAAGUUAGAAGGGGAGGCAUCAAACCAUCCGAUGAUCAAAACAAGUUGAUAGAUUUGGAGGAGGCAGCAAAAGCAGCAAAGAAAGGAAAAUGGGCUGAUGAUGCCAAUGAGCAUGUGAGAAACAUAACAUGGAAUGUUGAAAACCCUAGGAACUUUGUUGAUCAGAAGCGUGGCAAACCUGUCGACGCAAUCAUCGAAAUGGUACGAGACGGAAGCACGAUUCGCGCAUUCACGUUGCCAAAUUACGAUUAUGUGACUGUCAUGAUGACUGGAAUCAAAUGCCCUAUGUACAAAUUGGAAGGCGACAAGCAAACUCCAGAGCCAUUUGCUGAAGAAGCAAAAUUCUUUACAGAGUCCCGUCUACUUCAAAGAGAAGUCAAAAUAAUCUUUGAAGGAGUUUCGAAUCAGAAUUUCUUGGGUAGUGUCAUUCAUCCUGCUGGGAAUAUCGCUGAAUUGAUGUUGAAGGAGGGAUUUGCCAGAUGCGUUGACUGGAGUAUGGGAGUGCUGUCAAGUGGGCAUGAAAAGUACAGGCAAGCGGAAAAGUCAGCCAAGCAGAAGCAGUUGAGGAUUUGGAAAGGGUAUGCCCCAUCUGGCAAUAAAAUGCCCAUCAAGGACUCUGAAUUUACGGGCAAGGUGGUAGAAUGUAUAAAUGCUGAUGCUAUUGUGGUGGUGUUACCUAGCAAGGAGUACAAAAAGAUCUUUUUCUCGAGUCUUCGACCUCCAAGAGCUAUGGUUAAAGAGGAUGAUACUCAGGAAAACGGACCGAGUAGAAACGGAAAAAGAGGAAAGCCACUGUAUGACAUCCCCUAUAUGUUUGAAGCGCGGGAAUUUUUGAGGAAGAAGUUGAUUGGAAAAAAGGUCGACGUGAAAAUUGACUACGUGAAGCCUGCGAACGACGGUUACCCGGAAAGAACUUGUGCAACUGUGACAAUUGGAGGAAUCAACAUCGCAGAGGCACUGAUAAGCAAGGGCUUGGCGACAGCAUUACGUCAUCGACAAGAUGAUGACCAGCGUUCAUCCCAGUAUGAUGAUCUUCUUGCCGCUGAGAACAGAGCCUCUAAAAACGGGAAGGGUUUGCACAGCAAAAAGGAGCCGCCCAUGCACCGUGUCGCUGAUAUCUCAGGGGAUCGCGCAAAGGCCGCCCAGUUCCUACCAUUUUUACAAAGAGCAGGAAAAUCCUCAGCUAUCGUUGAGUUCGUUGCGAGCGGUUCGAGAUUCAGGCUGUACUUGCCAAAGGAGACGUGUCAGAUUACCUUCCUUUUAGCUGGAAUUUCCUGCCCCAAAGUACGGUCAGUCAGUCCUCAAGGAAAUCUGAUAUCAGAGGGAGAGCCUUUUGGUGCCCAGGCUUUAGAGUAUAGCAAGGAACACUGUAUGCAGCGCGAGGUCGAAGUUCAAGUUGAAAAUAUUGACCGAGCAGGCAAUUUUAUUGGUUGGAUGUUCGUCGAUGGACACAAUUUGUCGGCAGAUCUCGUCGAGCAUGGUUUGUCAAAAGUUCACUUCACUGCAGAGAGAACAGAGUAUUUUAAAGAUUUGACUCAAAGGGAAACAAAAGCAAAGGACUCGAAGUUGAAUAUGUGGCAAGGAUUUGUCGAAGAAAAGAUAGAUACAGUUGUUGAGGAAACUGAAAGGAAGACAAAUUUCACAACGGUGGUAGUGACAGAGAUUUCAGAUGGCGUUACUUUUUGGGCUCAAAAUGUUGAUACAGCUGAAAGGUUUGAGCAGAUGAUUAUGCAACUCAGAAAUGACUUGACAAGCAACCCACCUCUUCCGGGCUCAUUUACCCCUCGAAAGGGGGAUAUGUGCGCUGGUCUCUUCAUUGACAAUCUAUGGUAUCGAGUGAAAGUUGAGAAGGUUGACUCGCUCGAAUCGGUGCAUGUUCUCUACAUGGAUUACGGAAACCGAGACGUAAUUCCGGCAACGAAAAUGGCCAACCUUCCUCCUGCAUACCACAGUUUUGCAGCUCAAGCGCACGAAUACACGCUGGCCUGUUUAAUUGCACCAAAAGACGAGGACGAUCGUGCUAUGCUUUCGGAUGCAUUCAAGCGCCAAGCACUGAAUGAAAAGUUUCUUCUGAAUGUUGAAUACAGACAAAAUGGACAGGAGUUCGCUACGCUGGUGAAUCCAAGUACCAAAGACGAUAUUUCAUCUGGGUUGCUGGCUGAUGGCUUGGCAAUGGUUGAGAAGCGAAAGGAGAAAAGGCUUCAGAAGAUCCUUGCUAACUACAGGAAAGCCCAGGAGGAAGCUAGAAGCAAUAGGGUGAACUUAUGGUGCUACGGCGACUUCACUGAAGAUGAUGCUCCAGAAUUUGGGUACCGAUAAUAUUGGAGAAAAAUAUAAAAAUGAUGAACUCAGUUAAAUGAACACGCUAGUUUCUUAGAAAAUUUAUCUAUGAAAAUUACAAUUUCUCUUUUAAAAUUAUGUUUUAAAGGGAAGGAAUAUAAUAAGAAAUUUCUCCAUCUGGA